UCACACGAGGCAACCGAAACCGGAAGUGUUUCAAACAAGGCUAGCUCUUGACACAGUUCUUUCCCACAGUCUCUCUUAGUUGGGUUUAGUCUUCGGUAGCGAAAUGUCCAAGGAGUUGCCGACAGUGAGGGAUGCGACAGUGAUUAAUGGUCGUGUUUUCCUCGAGGCAGAGGGUCAGAGAAGGUAUCCGUGCCGGUACACAGGCAGCGAGCAGAAUGACCUCAGGGCAAGAGCACGACCUCCCGGCACCUCUAACACCAGGUCUGAAUCUCAGGCUGCAUUAGAUACAGUACCAGAGGCAGCACUAGUGGAUGACUGUGAGAGGCUGGGUACUCUGUUUGGGAUGUUCAAUAAGUGCCUGAGAGGCAUGGGCUUCACACAGCUCUACUUUGGAGAGAAGAUUGUAGAGCCUGUGGUGGUGCUUCUCUUCUGGCUGCUACUCUGGUUCCUCGGCAUCCAGGCCCUGGGUCUCGUAGGAACUCUUUGUAUUAUCAUCAUAUACAUCCAGAAGUAGUGGCCUAAGCAGGAUGGAAUGAUAAAAUACUUUGUGUCUUGCUGUGAUCUAACACAGAUCAGCGUAAUGAAUGUCCCUUUGUAAUGAACAGCAUUAUAACAUAUGAUGGGUUUUGGUCUCUCUCCAUUGUGAGCCUCAGAUGACUGCAUACAUAUACAGUGCCAUGCAAAUGUAUUCAACCUUUAUUAAGUUUUUAUAUAUAAUUGUUUUGUUGGUUAAAAAAAAAUCUUUGUGUCAUUUAUAACGAAGCAAACUUGAAAGAAUUCAAUUAAAACACUUUUACGUGGCACUGUAAAUGGGGGUGGUACCAGAUAGGACGUUCCAGAAAGCUGAUAUUGAAGGUUUUCUUGUCAUCUAUGCACUAAUUAAGAUGUUUUUGAUAUGCAUGUUUCCUUAACUAUCACUUUGUAUUGACUGUUGAGUGAGUACAUAUUCGUAACUAGCAUGGAUGUUAAUGGAAAAAGCACUUUAAGAGGAAGAAAAUGAUACUAUUUUACUUUAUUCAGACAAAAUGAAACAUAUCAAUCACACUUUCUCUUGAAAAUGACAUUAAUAGUUCUUGUUUUUUUGUUUUGUUGUUGCUGAUGUUUUAUCUCAUUGCCCUUGUAGUUAUUCGUGCAUUCUCCACACAAGUGCACUAGAGGGCAACCUCUUCCUGCUCCCUUUCUCCUGAAAAACCGAUCAAGAAAUUAUCUCUUUGUAACAAAUAGUAAAAUCUAGUUGAUAAAAGUGUAAAUGUACCAAUGCAUGGCAUGUCACUUGCAGUCUGGCAUGGGAACUGUCUGUAAAACAAAUGAUUAAUUCUUAAUGUUUAUAUGAUUUUAGCAUUUACUUUAUGGUAUCUAAGUGCAAAUGUGUGUGCGUAUGUGGUGCCCUGUGUAUGACUGGUGUCCUAUCCAGAGUGUUUUCAUGCAUUGCACCCAUUGUUCCUGGGAUAGGCUCCGGAUCCACAACAACCUUGAUCAGGAUUACUAAAGAUUAAUGGAUGGAUGAAUGAAUAAUUACCAUUAUCUCCUUCUGUGUCCUGCUGAGAAACAUAUUUGUCCACACAAAUGUAUCAUUAUUGCAUAACUCACUUGCUCACUUAUGAGAAGAUGUAUAGUCAUAUGAUUCUUACAUAACAUCAAGCAUUACACAUCUGAAAAUCAUUCUAGUAAUAAUGCAUUAAAACAUAUUAACCAUGACAUGUCAAAAAAAAAAAAGUGCUGAUGUUAAAAAAAUAAAUACAUUUCUGUUCUUUAAAAGAGACCAUUUUUGAACAGAAAGAGUUAAGCUGUAAGACCAUUUAUAGCUGCCUCACAUCUGAGAAUUAUUUGUGAAUAUGAUUAUUUGUAAAUGUGAUUUCUACCUGCAGAGUUGUUUGAGUUACAGCUGUAACACAGGCAUAUAUUUUGGUUAUGACUAAUCCACUGCAGUGGAGAGGAAAUUUCCUCUUUCUGUGUUAAAAAAAAAGUGAUCAGUGGGAGUUUACUGCUGUAUGCUUAUACCUCAUUUAGCAGACUUUGUGCCAUAAUUUAGAUAAUUAUUUAUGCCAUCUUGCUGCAUUUUCUAUCAGCUCUUUUGGAAAAAAUUAUUUGAAAUUAUGCAGUUGUUAUAUAUUUUACUUCUGUAUCUGUAGUCAACUGUGGCUUAAUAUUUGACUAUCUAAAUAAAACAUAU